AUGACCGAUUUCGACGCGCUUACAAUAUCAGCAAUCAAAUUAAUGGAGACUGAGCCGACAAAAGAAUUCCACUGCUUCGAAACCGCCAAAAUCGAGUAA